ACACCUUGUUGACCUUACAGUGUCCAUUCCAUGUCCCAUUUUCUCCUCUUCAUAACAUGUAUAAAAACUAGAGAUCUUCAUUUCUUCAAACUCAAAAACAAUCUUCAUCAUCAUUACAACUUUGAAGUUCCAAAACUACAAAAAGAAAAUCACAAUUUACGUGAAGAAUCGUUUAUUUUUUUUUGAAAAGAGAAAAUGGCAAGAAUUGAAAGUUUACUGUCUGAGACCAUAUUCACAGAGUUGAGCUUAGGUCUACCUGGUGCUUGUCCUAACAAUUCAUCAGUAGAGAUCAUCAAAGCUAAUAACAACAAGAAAAGGGCGUUUUCUGAAAUCGUUGACGAUGAAGAAAGCAACUCGACCAUAACCGAAGAAUAUCCAAGAAAACAGAACAAGAACAGCAGUCAAGUUGUGGGAUGGCCACCAGUUUGUUCAUACAGAAAGAAAACCAAAACAGAUGUGACUGUUGAUUCAACUGCUAAAUUAAGCAUAAAAGUUUCCAUGGAUGGUGCACCGUACCUUCGGAAAAUCGAUUUGAACGUUCACAAAGGGUAUUCAGAACUUGCCAUUGCAUUCGAAAAGUUAUUUGGGUGUUUCGGGACUGGUCAAGAUUCGGAAUAUAUUUCAAUAUAUGAAGAUAAAGAUGGAGACUGGAUGCUUGUAGGAGAUGUUCCUUACAAAAUGUUUACGGAAUCUUGCAAAAGGUUGAGGAUUAUGAAGAGAUCAGAGGCGGAAGGUUUCGGAUUAACGUUGUGACAAACUUGCCAUGAUUUGAGUUUGAUUCAUACGCUGAGGCGAAACUUAAAUGACUUUGCGCCCGCUAAUGAUUAAGCUCAUAGGGACAUUAACUACUGUUUCCCAAAGAAUACUGUAUUAGUUAACGAGCCCUGAUGUAAAUGAUUAACUGAUUUUCGAUCGUCCUGUAACUGUAUAUACGGUCCAUCAAUGUUAUAUAAAACAUAUAUAUCUUCAUACUUGAAAACACUUGUUAGUAGUUGUUUUCUUGAA